UUUUUUAUUUUAUUUUUCGCGCGAAUUUAAAUUAAGGUCAAAACUCAAAAGAAAAUUCCGGAGCCUUUACUAAUUCCAAUCCUUUCCAUUUUCAUUUUCAUUUCACUCCCUCCUUGGACAAAAACCCCAACCCCAGCCCCAGCAUUGACUACAAUCUGUUCGAAGAAAUUUCCCAAACUAACCAAUUCCUUCCAACCAUGGAGGGCAGCAUUCUCGAAUCAAUCGGAGUCGAAAUCAUCGGCGUGAUGUCCCCAGUAUCCAUAUGCAUGCUCUUGGUCGUCCUCCUCGUCUACACCCUCACUUCUUCAUCCUCCGCCGACGCCUCCGCCGACCAAAUCCGCACCGCCGCCAACCUCGUCUACCUCGAGAGCCCUUCCGAUUCCGCUGCCCAGAAGCUCGAAGGCGCUUUGCUCAACGCCUUGGUCUUCGUCAUCCUCAUCGCCGUCGUCACCUUCGUACUGGUACUUCUUUACUACUACAACUUCACCAAUUUCUUGAAGAACUACAUGCGCUUUUCUGCUUUCUUUGUCCUUGGCACUAUGGGUGGGUCGAUCUUUCUCUCUAUAAUUCAACAAUUCUCGAUACCCAUCGAUUCGAUCACUUGUUUUGUGUUGCUUUUCAAUUUUACUGUUGUGGGUGUCCUUUGUGUGUUUUCGGGUGGUGUUCCUAUAUUGUUGCGUCAGGCUUAUAUGGUUGUUUUGGGGAUAAUUGUGGCCGCCUGGUUCACCAAGUUGCCCGAAUGGACUACUUGGGUUUUGCUGGCGGCAUUGGCUUUAUAUGAUUUGGCUGCGGUUUUGGCCCCAGGCGGGCCUCUUAAGAUCUUGGUUGAAUUGGCAUCGACUCGGGAUGAGGAGCUUCCAGCUCUUGUCUACGAGGCUCGACCAAAUCCUCAAGGCCGGGGAUCUAGUUUAAGUCUUUUGGUUGGUGGGGUUUCGGAUUCUGGGUCUGUUGAGCUUCAGGCAGUUUCGCAGAACAAUGAGGUUCGGAAUGAGAGUGCAGUCCAAAAUUUUGCUAAUUCUGAGUACACUGCAACUGGUGUUAGAAACUUUCAGAAUGACGGAGUUGAAAUUGUGAGAGAUGAAGGGGAGACAUCGCCCUUGGUGCCCAAUUCGCGAGAAAGGUCAUGCAGUAGUGGAUCUUCAGAAUACUCGACAGUAGCAGAUGUUUCAUUCAAUCAAAAUAGGCAAUAUGACCAUGGACAAUCUGAAAUUGUUGUUGAUGAAGAAAUGUCUCCACUGGUAGAAAUGUUGGGGUUGGGGAAUGAGAGAGAACAGAUGAGGAUGGAUGGUCCUGGGACCUCUGAGACGGCUAGUCGAGGUAUAAAACUUGGUCUGGGGGACUUUGUUUUCUAUAGUGUUCUUGUGGGCAGAGCUGCAAUGUACGAUCUAAUGACUGUGUAUGCUUGUUACCUAGCAAUUAUAUCGGGACUGGGAUGCACUCUGAUUCUGUUGUCUGUGUGCCGUCAUGCACUGCCUGCUCUUCCUAUUUCUAUUGCAUUGGGCAUGAUGUUUUACUUCUUGACUCGUUUAUUAAUGGAACCUUUCAUUGUUGGGACGUCCACAAAUUUGAUGAUGUUUUGAUCCUCAAAUUUUUCUUUGAGGUACUUGCACUGUUUAGAAAAACGAUGACCACUGAAGACAUGGAAUUCCUAUAUGAAGAGAUAGAUAUUGGUCCAUGACUAUCUGCUGUGGUGUUGUUACCUUUUCACAAUUCAAGACUUUCCUUGGAUUAUGCAGCAACUCCAACACCAUUUGAUAUUGCUUUGACGUAUUUUCGGGUGGCUUUUCAGGUUGGUUUAUCAUGAAUUCCAGAACAAAUUUUUUCAUGCUAAAGCAUGUUGAGAUGUCACUUUUUUGGCUUUUAACUCAACAGAGAUGUAAUGUUCGAAAUAUAAUCACAUAGUACAACAACAUUCUAAAGAAUUACGUGUUUGGUAUGUGUUUAUCAAAUUAGGUUCUUAAUUUGUGUGUUUA